GCCUUAAAACGCCCCCUUAGGACCGAGGCAAGUCGCAUCACCCUUUCUCAUCCAUCGCCCGUGCUCAGCCGCCUCGCACCGCACCUCUGCAUCACCCGCAAUGGCCCCCACGAUCAAGGCAGGCGACGCCGUCCCCUCGGGCACGUUCUCGUACAUCGCGUACACCCCCGAGCUCGAUGACGCCUCCGCCUGUGGUAUCCCCACCAAGCUCUCGACCGACGACUGGAAGGGCAAGAAGGUCGUGAUCUUCUCCGUCCCCGGCGCCUUUACCCCGACAUGCCAUGUGAACCACCUCCCGCCCUACCUCGAGAAGUACGACCAGUUCAAGGCGAAGGGCGUCGAUGUCAUCGCCGUCGUCGCGGCGAACGACCCGUUCGUCAUGAGCGGCUGGGCGCGUGCCGUGGGCCUCAAGGACAAGAUCCUUGCCCUCUCGGACGCAGAUGCCAAGUGGUCCAAAUCGAUCGGUCUCGACAAGGAUCUCUCGGCCAUUGGCUUCGGCAUCCGGACUGACCGCUACGCAGUCAUCCUCGACGACCUCAAGGUGAAGUACGUCGAGGUCGAGCCUGGAUCGGAGGUCACCGUCUCCGGUGCCGACGCCGUUCUGGCUGCUCUGUGAUGCACGGGUGCCUUAAUGUUCAAUGUAUAAUACCCUCAUCAAACGUUGACUUAGCAGCACCUGCGCGCACGGUGCAUUUUUGAUCUUCAUGUCAAAAGAUCACUGGACUCAUACGAUGCUUGUUCGUGAGCAGGACGGUUAACUGC